ACAUUCUUUGUCCGGCGCCAUGUUCACAUGAAGCUUGAAACCAAGUUAAAGAUCCCACUGCGCAACGCAGAACUGGCGAUGAACAAUGAAGGUGAUGCGAAUGUUAGUAGUAACUCUAAAGGUGGGGUUAAACGAAAGCGGUGCAUCAAGCUGAGGCCCAAAGAUCACAAGCUCAAUUUGGUGAAUUCUUGCAAUGGGUUUCUUUGUUUGUCUGAGCCAUCACGGAAUGAUCCUGUUGUCGUGUGUAACCCUAUCACUGGCGAGUUCAUAAACCUUCCAAUUCCUACACAAGCUGAUGAGAAAACUAGACGUGUUAGUGACUGUGGUUUGGGAUUCAGUCCAAAGACAAAUCACUACAAGGUGAUUAAAAUUUUUCAUCUACAGGAAUGGGUUUACGAACAGGUUCGUGAUCCCAUUACAGGCAGGGAAAAUUAUAGCAGAAGGGUGGCUGAGAUACAUACAUUAGGAACGGACUCGUGGAAAAGGAUUGGGUGUGCACCUUCAUCAAUGUAUGGCUAUAAGCUCGAAUUCCCCUCAUAUCUUUAUGGUGCUCUUCAUUGGAUUCUUAAGGACUACAAUAUCUCUGAAUAUAUAGCUUCUUUCAACUUUGACAAGGAAAUAUUCCAACCAGUUCCACCACCUCCACUGAGACGUGGUAUCAUUAGCUGGGAGAAGAUGGAGAACAUUUCGUUGGGGGUAUUGAGAGACAUGCUUUGCAUAUGUGACCAUGAUUCUCAUGUUUUUAAAAUCAAUAUAUGGGUGAUGAAAAACUAUGGUGUCCAAGAAUCUUGGACAAAAGCGUUUCGUAUAGAUGCCACGACUAAGCAGUCGAGGUGGCUUCGGGGCGUGUACGUACCAAUAAGUUACUUGAGAAGUGGAGCUAUCCUGUUUUUUCAUCGUCUGGCCAAUGCUGUGGUUUAUUACAAGGCCAAAGGGCGGUUCCUCAAGUUUCUAAAGGUUCAAGGGGUUAAAUCUAAAUAUGAAGCAAUUGCUUAUACUCCCAGCUUCAUCUCCAUCAAUGACGCAGUGAUGGGAGACAAUCUGGCCACAUUGAAUGUCGCAUCAAGGUGUGCAGGGUUGAAACUGCAGGGAGAGACCAAAGCUCUUUUCUUAAGAGAGGAAGAUGAAGAUAUGGAUUCAGACUUUGAUUUGUCAUCUGAUCUUGAUUCUUCAACAACCGACUAGCAAGUGCUGGUGUUGAGACUGAUGGAAGGGGCGAGUAAUGGAGGCAAAAUUUAUGCAGCCAAAAAGAGGGCUCAGGAGUUUUGGCAAUUACAAGCUUAUAU